AGAUCUCUCGCCUAACUCGCAACUGGCUAACACAAAAAAAAAAUGUGAAGGACAGGACAACGACGUCAGCCGAUCCAACUAGAAGACAUCUUCUUCUGCUAAUUCAGAGCCGAUCGAUCAGAUCGGACUAAAAUAUAGAAACGAGCUAACCACCUCCGUCGACCGUGGAGUGCGUGAACGUAUUUCGAAGCGUGAGGGAAUUGCAUUGAGUAAGCGGAGAAAUGGCCGAUGAAGCACAAGCACCACCAGCUGAGGGCGCACCACCAGCCGAGGGCGAGGCGCCACCACCAGCCGAGGGGGCAGAGGGUGCCGUCGAGGGUGGCGAGGCCGCUCCUCCGGCAGAGCCCGCCGAGCCGAUCAAGCACAGCUACACGCUGUUCUACUUCAAUGUGAAGGCCCUGGCCGAGCCCCUCCGCUACCUUUUCGCCUACGGUGGAAUCGAGUACGAGGAUGUCCGUGUCACCCGUGAUGAGUGGCCAGCCCUGAAGCCAACCAUGCCCAUGGGCCAGAUGCCCGUUCUGGAGGUCGAUGGCAAGCGUGUUCACCAGAGCAUCUCGAUGGCCCGCUUCCUGGCCAAGACCGUGGGUCUGUGUGGAGCUACUCCCUGGGAGGACCUGCAGAUCGACAUCGUUGUGGACACCAUUAACGACUUCCGUCUAAAAAUUGCAGUCGUCUCGUACGAGCCGGAGGACGAGAUCAAGGAGAAGAAGCUGGUCACCCUGAAUGCGGAGGUCAUUCCAUUCUACCUGGAGAAGCUCGAGCAGACCGUGAAGGACAACGAUGGUCACCUGGCUCUGGGCAAGCUGACCUGGGCCGAUGUCUACUUUGCAGGCAUCACCGACUACAUGAACUACAUGGUCAAGCGUGACCUGCUGGAACCCUACCCAGCUCUGCGCGGCGUUGUGGAUGCCAUCAACGCUCUGGAACCGAUCAAGGCCUGGAUCGAGAAGCGUCCUGUCACUGAGGUCUAAGCCUCCAGAUGAGACACUUGAAAUGAGGAGGCAGGGAUAACCAUCGCAAAACCCACUCAAACACUGAAACACUCAGCGACACCCGCACUUGCACACCAACCAACCACCACCCACAUCAGCACACAUUUUGUUCCUUUAUGCGGAGGAUCCGAGGAGCAGGAGCAUCGGACUCUCGCACGGGGUCAUAAAUCCUUAGGAGUUUAGCACGUGUCAUUAAAAAUCGUAUCUGUUUAACUUUCUUCGUUAUAAUUCUCUUUGCAUGGCGCUAUAUACACAUAUUUCUAUUGGAAUCCGCCAGCGGAUCUCCGUUCGUUAGCUUCCUAUGAAAUAAUAAUGAUAAUUCUUAUUGCACAGUCUAUAAUAAUUUUUGGCCAAUUGUCUAGAGCACCUACUAUAGCUAUAUAUAAAAAUUUUAUACAUAUACGAGUGGUUCAUCUUUUAAAGGUAUUCUAUUAUAUUUAAUUCACUGCGAAAAGCUCAAAAAUAUUUAAAUAAAUGCGGCGAAAGCUAAGCUACAAUUACAAACAUUUUAGGUAUUCGGUUUAUAAUUUACACAAUAACGCAGCCCCACGAAUUUUCUUCGUCUCAUCCAGCCUCCCAUUAGAAUAAACCUUUUAUGAAAAAAAGACUCACAGCAAUAGAACCGGACUCUUUCGAAAUUAACCAAAAUCUAUUUGGAAAAUACAUUAAAAAAACAGCAAAAACUGCCAAAUUCAGAUGCACCGAAUCACAUGAUAUACAUUUAUACGUUUUAUUUAUGCAAAUUUGUAAUUGUAUUUUUGAAUAUUUUCACAAAACACUUAAAAAUAAACUAAACACCUAAAAAUGGAAUGAGCACACUUUUGAAACGCA